AUGAAUACUCUAUCAGUGAGGGCUCCCUUAAGGGCUGCAGCAAAGCCACAGUACCUGCACCUUGCUGUACGAACCUACUCUGGCGUUACAGCAACAACUUUGAAUCCUGCAUGUGGGGGUAACAAGCGCACAUCAACAUUUAACCUCACAUCCAAGCGCCCUAUUUCGUCAACACCCCAGAAUCAGAUCACAGAUUAUUUCCCACCACCAAAGGCUCCAAAUGUCAAGGAAGUGCAAACAGCAUGGGCCCAUCCAGUGUACACCGAGUCGCAAAUGCAAAAUAUUCGCAUCGCCCACAGACAAGCUUCAAAUUGGUCUGACUGGGUUGCACUAGGGACUGUACGCAUUUUCCGAUGGGGCAUGGAUACGGUAACAGGUUACAGACAUCCCAAGCCUGGCCAGGAACUAUCGGGAAUCUUCAAAAUGACAGAGCACAAAUGGAUGAACCGAUUCAUUUUCUUGGAAAGUGUGGCCGGCGUCCCCGGGAUGGUGGGUGGCAUGCUUCGGCAUCUCCGUAGUCUUCGCAAGAUGAAGAGAGACAACGGAUGGAUCGAAACCCUGCUCGAAGAAGCAUUCAACGAACGCAUGCACCUGCUUACUUUCCUGAAACUGGCCGAACCGGGCUGGUUCAUGCGCUUGAUGGUUAUCGGCGCCCAGGGUUUCUUCUUCAACGGAUUCUUCCUGGCAUACCUGAUCUCCCCACGCAUCUGCCACAGAUUUGUGGGAUACCUUGAGGAGGAGGCUGUUAUUACCUACACCCGUGCUAUUGAGGAACUCGAGGCCGGCAAGCUCCCACAGUGGAACGAUCUUGAUGCACCCGAGAUUGCGAUUAAGUACUGGCAGAUGCCAGAGGGCCAGCGCAAGAUGAAGGACUUGCUGAUGUUUGUCCGUGCCGACGAAGCCAAGCACCGCGAGGUUAAUCACACCCUCGCCAACCUCAAGCAGACUUUCGACCCCAACCCCUACCAGAUUGAGUACACCGAUCCGAGCAUAAGUCACCCGACGAAGGGAAUUGAUAACCUGAAGCCAGAGGGUUGGGAUCGCAACGAGAUCUUUAUCGCUGAACCGAGACAGGUGAAGCCUUGA